AUGGACCUCAAUCUCCUCAAGGAGAGUGGCAAGCAUCGGGCCUUCAUGCCCAGGCGCCGAUUCCGGAAGCUGGCUCGAGACAAUAUCCAGGGUGUUACUCGGCCCGCUAUCCGCCGUCUCGCCCGCCGCGGUGGCGUCUAUCGCAUCGGCAACGAGAUUUAUGAGGAAGCGCGCAGGGCCCUCAAAAAUCGUCUUACUGAAAUCAUCCGCCGCAUAGUGCACGUCAUGGACAGCGGAACUACUCCAGGCCAUGAACGUAAGAUGGGUAAUCCCAUCUACGGCUUUCAGUAG